UGGAGACGGGAUCAACAGCCCCGCCUCGCCCCGGCCGCCGCGCAACGCUUCUGCAGCUCGCGGGUUUUUGCACGGCGCGGCGCGGAGGCAGCGAGCAGGAGCAGCUGACAACCUCAUUCUGCCCUCCUCAAUUUUAUCUUCACUACAACAACCGUGCGAGGAACUACCCCACAAGCCUUCUGAUAUUUGCCAAGUCGGUGUUGGGAACCAUAGUCCUGAGGGAUCAACAUGGCUGAGAGCACAAGCAUGGCAGAGCUGGAGGAGAGCUUCCGGAAGUUCGCAGUCUAUGGUGAUACCAAAGCGACGGGGCAAGAGAUGAAUGGGAAGAACUGGGCCAAGCUGUGUAAGGACUGCAAAGUGAUAGAUGGAAAAGGGGUCACCAGCACAGACGUGGACAUUGUCUUCAGCAAAGUGAAAGGGAAGACUGCCCGGUGCAUAAAUGUGGAGGAGUUUAAGAAGGCCUUGGAGGAGCUGGCCCCAAAGAAGUUUAAGGAUAAGAAUAAGGAAGAAGCAUUUGAGGCCAUCUGCCAGCUAGUAGCUGGUAAAGAACCAGUCAACGUGGGCGUCACUAAAGCCAAGUCUGUGGGUGCCGUGGAGAGGCUCACUGACACGUCCAAGUACACCGGCUCUCACAAGGAGCGCUUUGACGAAACCGGAAAGGGCAAAGGCAAAAGUGGCCGGGAGAACCUCGUGGACAACAGUGGUUACGUGUCGUCCUACAAGAACGCAGGCACUUAUGAUGCCAAAGUGAAGAAAUAGGAGUGGCCGCCCUUCAUGGCUGCUCUUCCCAGACCCUAACGACAUGCCCUUCUUAGUGGAGUUCAGCUUCGCUGGGCCCGCUCCGAGCCUUAGAACUGCAGCUGGAAGGGGUGUCUGUUCCCCAAGCAGCCCGUGCAGUUGCUGUGUUAUGCCUCUAACGUGCUCCUAGGAGGGCCUCUACAUCUCAGCUCGCUUCCUUUCUCACUGUGGUCACGCUCUUCCCCACAUUGCCUCUGCUGCUACUCAAGAGUGUUGCCAAAGAUUCCCUUGCCCCAGCCCUUGCUUUGCUAGCUAGUGCUAAUGAUGAGGCGUUGCUGACCCUUGGCGGGGAAGGGGAGGGGGAAAGGAAAACUGCACUUGUCGAAUUGACCCGCAACGCAGAACGUUUCUGUCAGAUAAAUAAGAUGGCGUCCUCUAAUACGCUCCUACGCUUCUGACAGGGCCCGACAGGCCUCGCUCAACCCCUCUCACCAAGUGUGCUUGUGACACCCCAGGGCUCCUGGCCCUCCCACCUUGGCACCCUUUCACUGCUUUGAAUCAUAAGAAAAACUGUAUAUAAAUAAAGUUCUACUACUAUGA